CUUUGGAGUUUGAUAUGAUUAAGAAAUAACCAGAGGGACACGUCACAAAUUCACCAUAAUCAAGGAGAACGUUUCCGAGUGGUGAUCUGUGAAAUUGCUCAGCCAGUGAGCACAUCUAAUUAACCUGAUUUUUUGCUGAUAAUCAUUCACAAUGGAAUCAAAUCAAAAAUCCGGGGAAGGAAUGGCUGGCACACAGAAAGAAGCAGCUCUCCGCGCGCUAAUUCAGCGGACUGGAUAUAGUUUGACGCAGGAAAAUGGUCAGAGGAGAUAUGGAGGUCCACCUCCUGGUUGGGACGGGCCACCACCAGAAAGAGGGUGUGAAAUAUUUAUCGGAAAACUUCCCCGUGAUUUAUUUGAGGAUGAACUCAUACCAUUGUGUGAAAAGACAGGGAAAGUCUAUGAAAUGAGAAUGAUGAUGGAUUUUAAUGGAAAUAAUAGGGGAUACGCAUUUGUAACCUUUACCAACAGACAGGAUGCCCGGGAUGCCAUCAAACAGCUCAAUAAUUAUGAAAUCAGAAACGGGCGUCUGUUGGGGGUUUGCGCCAGUGUUGAUAACUGUCGGUUGUUUGUUGGUGGAAUCCCAAAAACCAAGAGGAGAGAGGAAAUAUUAGUAGAGAUGAGAAAAGUUACGGACGGUGUUCUUGAUGUUAUCGUCUACCCAAGCGCUGCAGACAAAUCAAAGAAUCGGGGGUUCGCCUUUGUUGAAUACGAAAGUCACAGAGCGGCAGCCAUGGCAAGGAGAAAGCUGCUACCAGGACGUAUCCAGCUGUGGGGACAUCCAAUAGCAGUGGACUGGGCAGAGCCUGAGGUGGAAGUUGAUGAAGAUACCAUGUCGUCUGUGAAAAUUUUGUAUGUGAGAAACCUCAUGCUGACAACGGCAGAAGAGACCAUCGAAAAAGAAUUCAGUAACGUUAAACCUGGGUCUGUAGAACGUGUAAAGAAAAUCAGAGAUUAUGCGUUUGUGCACUUCAAAAAUCGUACUGAUGCCGUUGAUGCAAUGAAUGCGUUAAAUGGAAAGAUCAUCGAUGGCUCCCCUAUAGAAGUCACCUUGGCCAAGCCGGUAGACAAAGAAAGCUAUGUAAGAUAUACCAGAGGAACCGGAGGUAGAGGAGCUGCCAUUCAAGGGGAAUAUGCAUACACUAUUGGCCAUGUUUAUGACCCAACAACGGCCUAUCUGGGGGCACCAGUUUUCUAUGCUCCCCCAGCCUACACAGCUGCUAUCCCUAGCAUUCAGUUUCCUCCUGCAAAAGGAUAUGUCAGCAAUCGUAGCCUCGUACGCCCUCCUUCUGUCAGAGAAAUUUACAUGAGUGUACCUGUAGGGGCGGCGGGAGUAAGAGGACUGGGAGGACGGGGAUACUUGGCGUACACGGGCUUGGGGCGCGGAUAUGCAGGAUUCCAAAUGAAAGGAGACAAGCGGGCCGAUGACAAACUGUAUGAUAUAUUACCAGGAAUGGAGCUCACUCCUAUGACCACAGUCGCUUUAAAGCCACAAGGCAUUAAACUUGGACCACAGAUUCUAGAGGAGAUCUGCCAGAAGAACAACUGGGGACAACCAGUGUAUCAGCUUCACUCUGCUAUUGGGCCAGACCAACGACAGCUUUUUCUGUACAAAGUCACCAUUCCGGCGCUUGCCAGCCAAAACCCUACAAUCCACCCUUUCACACCACCCAAGCUUUGCAUAUCAGUGGAUGAAGCCAAGACCUACGCAGCAGAUUACACCCUUCAGACCUUGGGAAUUCCAACAGAGACAGCAGAGCAUCCUACAGCCUUUGCAGGAUAUACCAUUGCCAACACGCCUGCAGCAGUAGCCGCCACACAGCUGAAACAAGCCGUUGCCCUUGGACAAGAUAUAGCAGCCUAUGCCACUUAUGAAGCAUACCCAGCGUUUGCCGUUGCUGCCCGAGGGGAUGGGUAUGGUGCUUUUUAAUGGAUUCUUGAACUUUUUUUUAUUUGAAAGACUUCCUGGGAGAACCUUUUCUCUUCUGAAAUCUAGAGUCAGACCUUUUAACAGAUGGGUAAUAGGGCAUAGAAUAUAUUAGAGUAGAGUGAUUCAUUUAAUGUUUUCAAUGUUAAAAUUGAAAUGAAAUCAAUGAUUAAUAGAUCAUUAGUACCUAUAUAUAUAUAAGCUAAUGCUGCCUCAUUGUAAGUAAUAGUUGAGUGUAAAAGGUCCUCAGUUUCAGCUAUGUUUGUUUACAUUCAUUGCACACUAUUAAAUAGUGAGCUAUAAUAUAUAUAUAGUAUAUUCUGCAUUGCACAAGUUGGGGGACAGGGAAUGUCCAGAACACAGAUCUAAUCUGCAGGGAAUCUCUAUGUUUACAUACUACUUCAUUCACAUUAACAGAGACACUAUGCAUUGUUUAUUUUGUUUGGGGGUACCCAUCUCCUAGAUGAUCUCUGCAUACACAGAGAUUGUAUUGUGUACAUACCAAUGGGGUUGGAUAUGUUGCGGGCAUAAAUAUGCCAUUGCUGUGCCAGCAUGGGUAUUCCCCUCUACUAAGCACAAUUCAGCAAGAACAGCCUUAUAGCCUGUACAGAGAGAUACCAUAAAAAUAUAGCAGCAUAACUAGUCCCCUGUACUAAGCACAAUUCAGCAGGAACAGCCCCCUAAGUUUGCUCAUAGCCUGUACAGAGAGAUACUAUAAAACUAUGGCAGCAUAGGGAUUCCCCUGUACUAAGCACAAUUCAGCAGGAACAGCCCCCUAAGUUUGCUCAUAGCCUGUACAGAGAGAUACCAUAAAACUAUGGCACAUAGGGAUUCCCCUGUACUAAGCACAAUUCAGCAGGAACAGCCCCCUAAGUUUGCUCAUAGCCUGUACAGAGAGAUACCAUAAAACUAUGACAACACAGGUAUUCCUCUAUGCUGUAAGGAAAUUUGAGGGUAAAGUUGCCCUUUAAGAUUACCUUAAAGUUCUGGAGUAUUACAAAAUAUUUCAAUAUUUCACCUCUCUGCUUUAUCUUAUAGAGAUUCCCGCCCCCCAUCUUUGCCAAAAAGAGAGAGCAGUGACUGUAUAUUCAGUUUCAUAAGUAUUUAGGAAGGGUUUGUUUCAAAUUCAUUGAUAGUUGUAUAAACACAUGUGUAGCAUUUCCCUCAUUUCUAUGUGUCUAAGUCUUACUUGGCCUUUGUAAGGUUAUCCAUUUAUUUUAAGCUAAAGUAAGAACCAAAGCCGGGGGGGACACUAGCGACAGUAUUACACGUGCAUAAAGCACUUAUUUUUGUACAGAGUUAUAUUUGUAAAGAACUGUCACUGUGAAUAUUGAACCAUGAUUUAAUCCUCGGAUGUCCAAAAUGUGGCCCUUGACAUGCUGUUGAGCUACAACUCCAAGAAUCCCCUUUGGUGCGUGCUGAGAGCUGUAGUUUAACGACAUCUCUGCGGCUGCAGGUUGCCCAUCGCUGUUAUAAUCACGCCAUCAAUUGCCUAAUGCAAAGGUCUCCAAUCUGUACCUCUCCAGCUAUUGCUAAACUACAAAUCCCAGCACCAUGGGCUGUCUAAUGAGCAACAGUUCCAGAGGCGCAAGUUGCAGAUCUUUAGGCCAAAACAAUAUUAAUAUAUGGGAACCCAACUCCUGCUGCCAGCGGGUGCCAAAUGCAGUGACGUAACGAAAGGCUUAGAGGAUCGAGGGCCAGAUUUCUGCUGGGGCCCCUCCUUUGCAUUAGUAGUUAACUCACUGACCAAAUGCCUCACUUGCAGUACAAAGGGUUCAGUACCUUUGAUGUCAAUUAUCUGUAUCAGGAGUGGAUUGUUAUUCAGAUGUCUGGGUGUAAAAAAAAUGGUAUUAACAUGCGGUAAUAAAUUCAAUUCUUGUGUAAAUCAGGGUUUGUAAUGCAAUGCAAAUAUAUCACUAAAUGGACCUUUAUAUAUAUAUAAUAAAACAUGUAUAUACUGCCAAA